AUGGUGAAACGAGUGAUUCUAAGGAAAAGAUGUCCAUAUCAUACCAAGUCACACAAGAUAAGACAAGUCAAAACACCAGGCGGACGUCUACUUGUUCACUAUGUUAAGAAAAUUGCCAAAGGACCUCACUGCAAAGAAACAGGAGAAAGGUUGGCAGGAAUUCCAGCUUUGAGACCAAAAGAAUACUCAAGAAUUAACAAAAAGGAUAGAACAGUCUCAAGAGCAUACGGAGGAGUCCUAUCCCACAAGACUGUAAAAGACAGAAUCAUCAGAGCUUUUCUUACAGAAGAAGUCAAGGUCAUUAAAAAGAAAAUGCAGCAACAGAAGAAGGCAAAAUAA